GUUUUGGCUUUUCUCAGCUAACCAAACUCCCAACAAAAGCAAGCAUCCAGGAAUUCCCUCUGUGGCACGACCAGGAUCAGCGGCACCUCUGCAGUGAGUGCAGGUUUGGGGCGGCCAAAAAGGAAAACAACAAAACAACAGCAGCAACAAGUCGUCACAGCGACUUAAGAGCAAAUGUUUAUUGAAAUGAUUCUUAAUACUUAUUCCCCCCAAAUAAUGAUACGUUAUAAUAUAUGAACAAAAUGAGAUUGUAUUUGCUUCAAGAACCAUGAUGAAACCCAGGUUUGGUGGGAGGAUCCUAGCUUCUUCCUUCGUCCAGAGCUGUCCUCUCAUUGAGGGGAACCCUGGUGGCCCGACCAGUCACACUCUGCAACCAUGACGCCUAAACACUGCUUUCUAGGCUUCCUCUUCAGUUUCCUCCUGACUGGUGUGGCAGAAAUUCGGCCAGCCCACAAGUCUCUGAAACCUCAACGAGUCCAUUUUCAGUCCCGAAAUUUCCACAACAUUUUGCACUGGCAGCCUGGAGGGGCUUGUACCAGCAACAGCAGCAUCUAUUUUGUGCAGUAUAAAAUGUAUGGAGAGAGACAAUGGAAAAAUAAAGAAAACUGCUGGGGUAUUCAAGAGUUCUUUUGUGACCUUACCAAUGAAACAUCAGAUAUAUGGGAACCUUAUUAUGGGAGAGUGAGGACGACCUUGGCUGGGAUGCACUCAGGCUGGACCAUGACACAGCGCUUCACUCCCUGGUGGGAAACAAAAAUCGAUCCUCCUAUCAUGAAUAUAACCCAAGUGAAUGGCUCUUUGGUGGUGAUUCUCCAUGCUCCCAAAUUACCAUAUAGAGACGGAAAAGGAAAAGCUGUAUCAAUGGAAAAUUACUAUGAGCUAGUAUACCGUCUCUUUAUAAUUAACAAUUCACUAGAAAAGGAACAAAAGGUAUAUGAGGGAGCCCGCAGAGUUGUUGAAAUUGAAGCUCUAACCCCUCACAGGAGUUACUGUGUGGUGGCUGAAAUCUAUCAGCCCAUGUUAGACAGAAGAAGUCAGAGAAGUGAAGAGAGAUGUGUGGAAAUUCCUUGAAGUGCUCUGCAGAGUGGUCAUCAAACACUCUCUUGAGAGUGGGAGGGCUCCUUUCGAAGGAUCUCAUGGAAAGUCAUUUUUAUGUUUUCUUAACAAAAUGUUCACUGUUCUACUUUAGGACAUCUUUAAUCAAUCUUUCUUCAUUAUAUUUUAUUUGUAAACUCAAUUUAAGCACCACUCCCCAAAUUAGAAUUUAAAGAAGAGGCAGACAACGAAGGGCUCUAUGAAAUACAAAACUUUAUUUCUGACUGUAAGAUCCCAAACAAUCUCCAUUCUUCUAAGUCAGAUAAACGAAAAUUUAAGAACCAAGGAUCAAUAGGCAUUUUUAAAAUGUUGAAUCAGCAGUACCGAACCCAACCA